AUGCACUCGGUGAGUAGUCCGUGGCCAUUCCACAGCUGGGGACUUGACAUCAUUGGGAAGAUUAACCCGCCAUCGUCAAAACAUCAUGAAUAUAUCAUAACCGCAACGGAGUACUUUACUAAAUGGGUUGAAGCCAUUCCUCUGCGAGGGACUACUGGAGCGACAAUUGCAGCAUUUAUUAAAGAAUACAUCGUUUAUCGUUUUGGAGUGCCUAAGCACAUCAUUACUGAUAAUGGCACUCCCUUCGCCAACAAUCAAGUACAAGAGUUACUCGAAGAAUACGAAAUUAAGCAAGUCUUCUCUAUUACUUAUUAUCCCCAAGGGAAUGGGAAAGCCGAGAGUACCAACAAGACUUUAAUUCGAAUUCUCCGUCAAACAAUGCAUGAUAAUCCACAGAUAUGGCACGAACAACUGCCUAUAACACUAUGGGCAUAUCGAGCGGCACCUAGAAGAUCCACAUGCGUCUCCCCCUAUUCACUUGUCUAUGGCGCGGAUGUAGUUCUCUUAGCAGAGAUUAAUAUUCCAUCGGCCAAAAUUGCAGCAGCAAAUGGAGUUCAAUGGGAUGAAGCUUAA